GGCCCCCAAAAAGUUGAAGAAGGGGGACGCCGCGAAGGAUGACCCCCCGGUGGUGAUUGUAGAUGACCCUCCGGAGAUGCCGAUGGCGCAGGUGCCGAGGGGUGCCCGGGAGCCAUCUCUCGAGGUCCUCACGCUCUCCCUUCCGGCUGGCACGGCCGUGUUGAAUGGCACGGCUGACCCGAGGGCGCUCCUGAGAGGUAUAACCCUCGAUAUCGACAGGGCAGCUCUCGGGGCCGAUGAUGAUCAAGCCCUCGAAGACAGGAUCCUCCGGUCUUCCCUCACGACUUGUGUUGCCCUCGGAGAGCAGUUCCGACGGCUG